AUACCGCGCGCAAAUAUCGCCGGCUGCAAGUUGCAACAUAAAAUAACACAUUGACCACCGAUUUUAUAUAUUUUUAAUUGUAUUUUGUUGUUUAUUUAAUAUGGCUGAGAAAUUAGAGGACCUCAACCUGCCACUAACAGUCGUCGGAAGAAUAGUUAAAGAGGUUCUACCCGAGGGCGUUUCUAUUUCAAAGGAGGCCCGGACAGGUUUAGCAAAAGCUGCAUCUGUUUUCGUGCUAUACGUGACAUCGGCUGCAACGAACACAGUAAAACAUCAUAAACGAAAAGCUUUAACAGGUCAAGACGUCCUGGAGGCCAUGGCUGAUAUCGAAUUUGAACGGUUUGUCGAACCACUACGAGAGGCCUUAGAACAGUAUAAAUUAGCCGUUUCUGCAAAGAAAUCUGCCGGCAAGAAGAAAGAAGACGACGAUAUAGAGAUGGUAGAAGAGGAUGGUUAAAAUAGGGAAAAUUAAUAAUGACUGAUUGUGAUACUGGGUGAUUUUGUAUGAUGUGCAUUUGUACAAAUUGGUGAUUUCUUAAAUAUAAGGCUAAACUUUGUGUUUACUUUUUUCUAGAAUAAAGUUAUUCUAUUCGAAGAUCAAGCAGGAUAAAGUUUUAAAUGUUAUUAUGAUGUAAAUUGCCCUGGCUUAUGUGUAAGCAAUUACUAACAGAAUUCAUGUGAAAUAAAAGAUUGUUUAAAUUUAAUUAUUUUAUUAAUGAAUAAAAUUUUCAGAUAUAA